GUUGCUUCCACGUUUAUCAGUCAGUUUGGGGACCACGAACGAAUUGACAUCAAGAUGAAGUACAGUCUUCUUUUGCUGCUUGUUUUUGGCUUUGUUGCCUUCACCUUUGCUGCUCCUGCAGAUGAGGAGGAAAACGAAGAAGAAUCUGAUCAAAAGGCCAUCGAAGAAGAUCCUGAGGAAUCCGAAAACGAUGUUGCCAAAGCUGAAAACGACGAAAAGUCCAUCGAAGAAGAUCCUGCAGAGGAAUCAGAAAACGAUGCGGCCAAAGCUGAAAACGAAGAAGAUGAAAAUUCCCUGAGUGACCAGACCGAAAAUGAAAUGGUCGAGCCUGAGAAUGAUAAGGCUGAAAAACCACGAAGAGGUGAGCAUUUUAAUGAAAUCUUCAUYYCCCCCUGUCAUUAAAGAUCACACUUAAAKAUUUAAGGUCUGUAAGAAUACUCAUGUGCGACAAGGUCAGAAUUACCUAAAUAUUUGAAGUUACAAAAAUUUUCUUGGAGGACUUGACUGAGAAAAAAAAACAAACUUAAUCAAAUAAGUAUGUACGCAACCAAUCAGACGUUGUAGAAAAUCUAUAGUUGCAUUAACAUCAAACCUUUGUGUCUAAAUAUUCCAAUUGUCACAAAAUACGUUUAACGUUGUUCUUACUGUAAUCGUUUGAGAAAGCUAAAACAAAGCAAAGACCUUAAAAUAUAAU